AUGAACAAAUGUUUCUUUUUUGUAACAAAUGUUGCUAAAUCACACCUCUUGGAGGACCCGGCCGGCUACUCGCUCGAGAUGUCAUGUUCCGAAAAUUUUGUGAAAUCUGGAGGAGAAGAAAGAAAAGAAGAGGAAGAGAAAAAAAAUGAUUCACAGGCGGCAAAGGAUAAAAAAGACGGGUUAAAUCCGUACAUCCGAUCCCCGGAUGUCCGGAUUCCUGGAUCACCGAAUAACCGGGGAUUACCGGAUCACCGGAUCACCGGAUUUCCGGAUCACCGGAAUCCCGGAAUCCCGGAUUUCGGGAUCACCGGAAUCCCGGAAUCCCGGAUCACCGGAUUUCCGGAUGUCCGGAUUCCCGGAUCAUCGGAAUUCCGGAUUCCUGGAUUCCCGGAGCCUUCCCCGGGUCCCUAUUCUGGAGUCCGGAGAAGGCAAGAACUGAUUUGUACUUCCAAUUCUCUCUUCCUUUAUAGUAUUCUUCGAGAGGUCAAUGUGGCACCAAGUACUAAAGAUUUAAAAUAUAAUCACAGUUCAGAUUCAUUGAAUCUUCAGAUUAUUACCGGGUUUCUCAUAUAUUCAUGUUAUAAAUUUCUAAAUAUCCGAAAAUCCGAAAAUCUGAAGAAAAACGAAAGAAGCCAAUAA